UUAGAUGUGGGGCGUACAAGAAACGGGGGUGGGUUCCGGCCCCAGAAAUGAUGGUUUGGGCUUAAGGAGCUGCAGGGGGUGAGUCUGGACUCUGGGCCACCUCCUCCCCCGGACGGGAGACGGGUGGCCUGGGUGUGGGAUGAGCGAGGCAGGUGGAGGGGAAACUGGAGCUCAGAGAGCAUGGUGCCUGCUUGAUGGGUGACCUAGAGCUGCUCGGAUUCCCAGAAUCCCUUUAGGGGGGUGGUAACCCCUCUUUCUAGUGCCUGAGGGUGGGCAGUGCUGGGAGGAGGAGCCCACAGUUUGACAGGACGCAUCCGGACUGUGCUCAGCCAUGUUCCCCCUGCACCCACCCAGUCACACCCCUACCCAGGCCCCCGAGCCCCCUCUCUGCACACAGGCAGCUCCAAUCCCCACCCAUGGAGGGUGUGUGUGUGUGCAAGAAACCAUGUGCUUCCCUCUGAACCCUGUGUCCGCACACACCCCUGGUCACCCAGUCCAGGGUGCACACACCUCCUGCCACCCCACCUCCAUGUGCACUGGUGAAAACCCCCGGUUCUGAGACAGCAGAUGGGGCCGGCCUCGGAGGCCCUGAGAUGGCGGCGGCGGCGGCGGCGGCGGCGGCGGAGGCCGUGCACCACAUCCACCUGCAGAACUUCUCUCGCUCGCUGCUCGAGACCCUCAACGGGCAGCGGCUGGGCGGCCACUUCUGCGACGUGACGGUGCGCAUCCGCGAGGCCUCGCUGCGCGCGCACCGCUGCGUGCUGGCCGCCGGCUCGCCCUUCUUCCAGGACAAGCUGCUGCUCGGCCACUCGGAGAUCCGCGUGCCGCCCGUGGUGCCGGCGCAGACGGUGCGCCAGCUCGUGGAGUUCCUCUACAGCGGCUCGCUGGUGGUGGCGCAGGGCGAGGCGCUGCAGGUGCUCACGGCCGCGUCCGUGCUGCGCAUCCAGACGGUCAUCGACGAGUGCACGCAGAUCAUCGCGCGCGCCCGCGCCCCCGGCCCCGCCGCCGCCGCCCCCGCGCCGCUGCCCACCGCCCUGCCCACGCCCGUGCCGCCGCCGCUCGCGCCCGCGCAGCUGCGCCACCGCCUGCGCCACCUGCUCGCCGCGCGCCCGCCGGGCCCCUCCGGGGCCGCGCACGCCCGCAAGCAGCGCCAGCCCGCGCGCCUGCAGCUGCCCGCGCCCCCCGCGCCCGCCAAGGCCGAAGCGCCCUUCGCGGACCCCGCCCUGCCCGCCGCCCCCGAGGAGGGCGGGGACGACGAGGAGGACGAUGAGACGGAGGACGAGACGGACGGCGAUGGCGAGGACGGCGAAGGCGGCGGCGCGGGCGAGGGCCGGGCGCCCCCCUCCUUCCCCGACUGCGCCGCCGGCUUCCUCCCCGCGGACCAGGCGCGCGAGGAGCCGCCCGCGCCCGCCGGCCUCCCGGGCUACGGCGCCGGCCGGGACUUCCUCCGGGGGCCGCCCGCGGCCGAGGACGUGUUCCCCCCGGACAGCUACGUCCCCAUGUGGCAGGAGGAGGACGGCCCCGCGGCGGAGGGCUGUGCCGCCGAGGCCCCCGCGCCGCCGGACUGCGCCCUGUCCGCGCCCCGCCAGACCGCCGCGAAGGCCCCGGCGCCGCCCGUGGUCCUUUUCCCCUUCCACCUGGGUGCCCCGGGGCCCCCCGCGCAGCCGCCGCCGGCGCCCCCGGAGCCCGUCCCCGCGCCCCCGACCGCCUUCUACCCGGCACUGCAGCCCGAGGCGGCCCCCGGCGUGGCCCUGGGGGAGCCCCUGGCGCCGCCCGCCGCCCCCCUGGUCCCCCCUGCGCGCCCCGCGGGCCCCGAGCCGCCCGCCUAUGAGUGCAGCCACUGCCGCAAGACCUUCAGCUCGCGGAAGAACUACACCAAGCACAUGUUCAUCCACUCGGGGGAGAAGCCGCACCAGUGCGCCGUGUGCUGGCGGUCCUUCUCGCUGCGCGACUACCUGCUCAAGCACAUGGUCACGCACACGGGCGUGCGCGCCUUCCAGUGCGGCGUCUGCGCCAAGCGCUUCACGCAGAAGAGCUCGCUCAACGUGCACAUGCGCACCCACCGCCCCGAGCGCGCGCCCUGCCCCGCCUGCGGCAAGGUCUUCUCGCACCGAGCGCUGCUGGAGCGCCACCUGGCGGCGCACCCCGCGCCCUGACCCCGGCCACGCCCCUGCGGGCUGACCACGCCCACCGUGGAUCUCAGCCACUGGGGCUGCGCUGUGCCGGCUAGGCCACGCCCAUGUUCUGGCCACGCCCACCGCAGGGCUCCUGCCGUCCCUGCCAGCAAAGCAGCAGGUACCCUGACCACCGCUGGCCACACUGUCCCCUGAGCACAGGACCCGCCCCUGCUUCCACCCUCAUCUCCACUGACCAGGGGCCCAGCUCGCCUUGCUCCGCCCACACUCGGACCCUUCCAGGUAGUGGCGGGCAGGUGCUGGUGGGGAUCUGACUGCCUCAGACCUGGGACCAUCAGACGUGGCGUGGGGGCCCAGGAUUCCUGCUCCAACUCCCGGAAGUGGGGUGGGGUUCAGAGCUGCUCCCGCACUCCAGCUGCAGACGGGGUGGGACCCCUGGUGCCCUCCCCAAGCCGCCCCUCACCUGGCACCUACGGGGUCUCGGAUGUGCCCCGCAGGGACUAAUAAAGGACUGGACGUGGGGUUUCUCGCUCUCGUUGGGUAAACACAGAACGGU